AUAAGCAAUCUGCUUUCUCAUUUUCUACCAUAUAUUUGUAUUGUUUUUUUUUUCUUUGAUUUUUUGCUUAUGACAUAUUUGACAGGUCUUGUGCUUUGUAGUGGCAUCAGCAGAGAUGAAAACAAGGACCACUUAUAGCUUGGGAUGGAAGCAUAUCUAUAUGGUGCUUAUCGUACUAAUUUUGAUGGCCGCUUUAGUACGAAUCGGGAGACAAGGUUCCUCACUCUCUAGUACUAUGCCUUCAUCUCAAGAUCCUUUUACGGAAUCUUCUCCGUCACGGGAAGAUCAGUUCAUCGAGUCUCCUUCAUCGGCUGAGGAUCAGUUUACAGACCCUUCUCCAUCAGCUCAGGAUGAUGUAUCUAUGUCUGAGAACCCGGAACCAGAAGGUACUUUUGAGGUGAACAAUUCUGAUGCAAUCAUGACUGAAGAAACAAAGGAUGAAGAACCGAAUUUCGAUCUUCCUCUGCCGAUAGAUCCAGCGAUGCCGUCUCCGUCUAGGAAGGACGAUAGUGAUGUGGAGAACAUUACAUAUUCAUCCAAGUCCGAGCCGCAAGAAUGUAACUAUGCAAAGGGUAAAUGGGUUGCAGACAGCCGGCGCCCGUUGUAUUCCGGGUUUAGUUGCAAACGGUGGUUACCGAGUGCCUGGGCAUGUCGACUAACUCACCGAACAGAUUUUUCCUAUGAAGGAUACCGCUGGGAACCAAUAGAUUGUCCAAUGCCAGAAUUUGAGCGGUUUAGCUUCUUAAGCAAAAUGCAGGACAAAACGAUUGCAUUUAUAGGUGAUUCAUUAGGGAGACAGCAAUUCCACUCUUUGAUGUGUAUGGCCACCGGUGGGGAAGACAGCCCUGACGUUGAAGAUGUCGGAAGCGAAUACGGAUUUCUCAAACGUUCCAGAGGCAUCCGUCCAGAUGGAUGGGCUUACCGGUUUCCAUCCACUAAUACCACCAUUUUAUUUUAUUGGUCUUCAACACUUUGCAGAUUGGAGCGAAUUAACAACUCCAACCCAGACUCAAGUCUCGCCCUGCAUUUGGACCGCGUUCCGAGUUUCUUGACCAAGUUCCUACACCGUUUUCAUGUGUUGGUUCUGAAUACAGCACAACACUGGAUUAAAGCAAAAUUCAUAGCGAAUGGCUGGAUAAUGCACGUAAACCGGAAGCCUAUCAAAGAAGGAAUACUUAUGGACAUGACGAAUGUGAAGAACUACACUGUUCAUAGGAUUGUGAAAUGGCUUGAUUCACAACUUCCGUUACAUCCGGGCCUAAAAGCUUUCUUUCGGACCAGGUCACCGAGGCAUUUAGACAAAACCGGAUUCUGCAAUAAUACUAUUCCAUUGACGAGAGGGAGUGAAGUGUUUCAAGAAGUAUCAAGUGACAAAGUUGUUGAAACAGCAAUUAAAGGCACAAGAGUCAAGAUUUUGGACAUAACUGCUCUUUCUGAACUAAGAGACGAGGCUCACAAAUCCCAGUACCAUAUUUUCAGUACCUCUGCUUACCAUGAUUGCUUGCACUGGUGUCUGCCUGGCAUUCCUGAUACCUGGAAUGAACUCCUUGUAGCUCAAUUAUAAACUUUGUUAUAUGCCGUUUCAUAAAAUGAUUUUUUUUUCCAGCAAAUGGAAUUAGAAUAGUGAUUGAAGAAUGCCUUAGCAUCUUCGUAUUUGUUGGGAACUAUGGUCCCGUUGUAAUAAUU